CAAACAGGAAACAGAUGCUCGCCGCAGUUCGUCAUUGGGCUUACCAGUGCGCCUCUGCUGGGUUCACUUUGCAUAAACAAAUUCUGUACAUGUUCAGUGAUUUUAAACCAAUGUCAAUUUUGACCAUAUAAUAGAAGCAAUGAACGGAACUACAAAUCCGCUUUUGGAUAAAGAGGAGCAUGUGUUGAAGCUUGGAGAGAGCUUUGAGAAGAAGCCCAAAUCGUCCUUCCAUACAAUCAGAUACGAUUUCAAACCAGCUUCUAUCGACACCAGCUGCGAGGGAGAAUUGCAGGUCGGAAAGGGGGAUGAAGUUACCAUAACGUUGCCACAUAUUCCAGGCUCCACACCCCCCAUGACGGUGUUCAAAGGGAACAAGCGGCCCUACCAGAAGGACUGUGUCCUCAUCAUCAACCACGACACGGGGGAGUUUGUGCUGGAGAAGCUCAUCAGUAGCAUCCAGGUCAAGAAAACCAGGGCAGAGGGCAGCAGUAAGAUACAGGCCCGUAUUGAGCAGCAGUCGGUGCGGUCCAACCAGCCCAGCUCCCAGUUCCGGGCCCCCACCAAGCCUGGGGCUGGAGUUAAGACCUCCCCCUCCCCCUCUAAGGACAACCCCUCUCCAGAGCCCCAGCUGGAUGACAUCAAGAGAGAGCUGCGUGCGGAGGUGGAGGUCAUCGAGCAAAUGAGCAGCAGUGGCAGCAGCUCCUCGUCGGACUCGGCCAGCGGCGACGACAGCUCCAGCAGUGACGGUGAACACGACGCACAACCUCCGUCCGCGCCAUUACCACAGCCACCGCCCCACCCCCACGCCUCCCCCAACCCAAACCCGCUGGCCAACGGGGCCCCUGACCGGCAGCAGGGCACCAACCAGCUCAUGAGCACACUCCGAAAUGAUCUGCAGCUCAGUGAAUCAGGCAGCGACAGCGAUGAUGAUUGAAGUUAUAGCCCCGCCCCCACCUUAUCUCUUUUCAACUGUAACGCCAGUUCCAUUAUUCCAAUGCUGUGGUAACAGACUUUUAUUUUAUUUAGUAUUCCCCUCAAAGCUGGCCUACUUCGAUAUUUUACAGUGUAUUUUUUACUACAUGUAUAUUUUUUGCUUUGUAUGAAAGAGAAAAGACAGUCUAGAAGAUUAUCAUUUUAAGGUUUUUAAGUGUGCCCUUUGUGGCCCCCUACCUCCCUCUGAUCCAGAGAACCUCAAAGGUGUAAUAAUAAUUAUGCCUUCAGUUGAUAGGAAAUGUCUAGGCAUAGCACACUUAAAUGUAUUGCUGUGACGAAGAUGCUCUGUAACAGGAGUUCAUUUUAUAAAGGGGCAUGCAAAAAUCGAGCCUUCUGCCAUUUGGAAAUUGAUCACAUUUUCAAAUGUAGAAAAUGUCCAUUUGAAAAUAUUACAAACCAGCGAAAAACACAGGAAAUAGGCUUUAGAGACGACCUGAACCUAAAAGAGAGAGAUUAGAAUCGCUGAACAACACCUAAUACCGUAUGAAUCGGUCUCUGAAAUUAAUGUUUCCACGGUGGACAUCUGAGCUCUGUGGUCGCCCCCUCCUGAAGCCUGUCCCAGCCCACUCUGAAGCACUUUCCAUUUGUUUUCCCCUUUUGUACUUUCAACCACCAAGGAAGCUAUAAACUAUGCUAGGCCUGAAAUAGCGACACGACCCUCUGCCAUACCAAACAACAAGAGCCACCCUGGUGGUAGAAUUGGUUUCAAAGCAUGUUCAGCAAGUAUUCUUUCUGUUUGUCUCGGUUCGACUCAUGUUCUGCCUGUAAGUGUUGUUUGUCAUAGGUUUUCUAUGACGUAAAAUGUCCACUUAUAUAUCUGGAGUUCCGUAACAAAACGCAGUGUUCGUUUAUUAGGUCAUCGUUGAAUUCAGAGUGAUUUGAAGUGAUUCUCCCUUUGGCUCUUAACCAAACUGAGUUAGUUUAUCCACCGAGCUGAGUGAAACAGUACACACACACACACACACACACACACACACACACACACACACACACACACACACACACACACACACACACACACCCACACACCCGUCCUCCACCAGUCUAAAUCCUUCUGUCCAUUUUAAUCUCACAACAGUAACGUUUUUUUCAUGGCAAGCGAAGAACAAUGUAAGAGAAGGAGUCUAAAGUAUUCAGGUUCAGAAAACAUAUAUGUAACGAUGAACAGAUAUUAAAAAUCAAACUACGGCACAUAAAGCAAGUAUGAGCUACCUAAACUAACAAACCGGUAUUGUCUUUCAAUGGUCGUCUCAUUCUUACAAUCUUCAACUUGGAUUGGGACUCAAAUUUAGUUCUUUCAAAAGUCAAUUCAACUGGAAAGCUGCAGGUAGCCAGUCAUGAUUUAGACUUUAGCUUUUUUUACACCUUGUAACUAAGUUAACAUGCAGACACUUUACUGUCCCUUACUGUUUGUCUGUGAUUUCAAAACAUUGUUUUUUGACCUCUUGUAUUGUGCAUUAUACUUGAUGUCUUUUUUAUUCGUAACUUGUUUGUAAGAUAGAAUUUUUUGAAUUGUAUUAAGAGUUUGCAUCAAUUUCAAUAAUGUGUUGUGUCUGUUAGGUGUACGGGCAGUCUUGCACCGUCUUGUCUGCUGGAAGCUGAACAGUACAACCACUGCCCUCUGGUGGUAGACUGUCGGAACUGCAAAACAUUUCAUAAGCCAAGGGAGUUUAAAUGCUUCGAUAAUUAAUUCAGUUGAAGGUGAUUGGCAAGAAUAAUAACGACAGAUGAUCUCAUGAUGUGAUAACAAAUUUAAAAUCUGGACUGACAUACGAGCCUACAGCAAGUUUAUAAUUUGAUUCCCAGACAAAUCGUAAUUAUUCUGAUUAAAAUAGUAAUCAAUAAAAUCCUUUCAGAUUUCCAAAAAUGA